UCAAUCGACAAAGGCCCGGCUGUCCUAACAACUCUCUGGUCAUUAACAUCCGCCAGUCUAUUAUUCGUCCUCGCGCGUCUGCUGGUCAGACUGCGCAUUCUACAAAAAGCUGGAUGGGAUGAUAUCCUCAUCACCUUUUCAAUUAUCCUGUCCUAUAUUUAUGAUGUGAUCCUGACUAUCGCUGUGAAAUCCGGAUACGGACGGCAACAGUCCACCCUUACCUCGGAUCAAUUAUCCAACUCGAUCAAGUUCAUCAUGGCGGGCUUUGCACCUGGUCUGCUAUCAAUUGUUGUGCCCAAGUUGGCUGUUGUUGCAUUGUUAAUUCGCACGAUGAAUCCGAGUCCGAGGCAGAAAUGGUUUCUUUUGGGGACGGUUCUUGGGUCUGGUGUUCUGCUCAUGGGUUGUGUGGUCAUUUUGUAUCUGCAGUGUCGGCCUGCAAGUGAGAUCUGGGAGAUGAACGCUGCAGAGGGGAGUUGUUGGAGUAUGAAUGUUCUGGUGAAUUAUUCAAUUGUUGUCGGUGGUAUUGCUGCCGCCGUGGACGCUUAUCUGGCUAUAUACCCGGCGGUGAUUAUAUGGAAUCUGCACAUGGGGAUAAAGAAGAAACUAGGACUUAGUUUCGCUUUGGGUCUUGGGGCGUGUGCCUGCGUCAUGGCCGUCGUCAAAUGCACCCGCAUCCCAACACUAUACAACAUGACCAACAUCACCUACGCCACAGUAGACCUCUUCAUCUGGACCAGCAUCGAAUCAAACACCAUAAUAAUCGCCGCCUCCGUCCCAACAAUUGCCCCAUUGAUCGAAAUAACCCUCGGAAAGCGCAUCCUCAACACCACCGAAAAAGACUCGAACCGCACAGGAUCAAACCGC